GGCUCGGCAGCCGCCCGGGGUGAGUGUUAGAGACCGGCCGCGCCUGUCUACGGAGACUGUGGGGGUGGCGCAAUGACUUCGGCGGCGCUGGAGAUUCUGGGUCUGGGACUGGGCAUCCUGGGCUGGGUGGGGGUGAUCUUGGCCUGCGGGCUGCCCAUGUGGCAGGUGUCGGCCUUCAUCGACGUGAACAUCGUGGUGGCGCAGACCAUCUGGGAAGGGCUGUGGAUGAACUGCGUGGUGCAGAGCACGGGGCAGAUGCAGUGCAAAGUGUACGACUCCAUCCUGGCGCUGCCGCCCGAGGUGCAGGCGGGCCGGGCGCUCACCGUCAUCGUGGCUCUGCUGGGGCUGGUGGCUCUGAUGGUGACCGUGGUGGGCGCGCAGUGCACCAACUGCAUCCGGCCCGGCAAGAUGAAAUCCCGCAUCGUGAUCGCCGGCGGGGCCAUCUACAUCCUCUGCGGGGUCCUGGUCCUCGUCCCGCUCUGCUGGUUCGCCAACAUCGUCAUAAGCGACUUCUACGACCCCACCGUGCCGCCCUCACAGAAGCGGGAGAUGGGGGCAGCGCUCUACAUCGGCUGGGCGGCCACGGCCCUGCUGCUCUUCGGGGGCUGCCUCAUCUGCUGCUGCUCCUGCUCACAGCGCGACGAGACCUCCUUCCCCGUCAAGUACUCGGCGCCGCGGCGGACCACCUCCAACGGCGAGUACGACAAGAAGAACUACGUCUGAGCGGGGCUGCCCCGCUCCCCCGGCCCUGCGGGGACACGGACAGACGGCUGCGAGCGGGGAGCGUCUGCGGGCAGCUCCAGC